AAGAACAGCAUCAUCGAGUCAGGCUGGUGUAACGCACUGAGCAUAUUAGACGUGCCCAGCCAAAGUGAGACUUUACAGUCAGACGGUCAGGCUGAGGGGCCACGUCUGAUUUGUGAUCUCAUUACUAAAAGGACCUUUAUUUCGGCAGCAACAAAAGACCAACCAAAGGACUACUUUUUCAUUUCUGUGCUGUCACCAAUUCGGACGCGUCCUCCGGUUAAACUUUCUUCGGACAAUUCCUUGUGUGUCGUAAAGCAAAACUUACAGUUAAGUGCGUUUAACAGCGUUUCAUCAAGUUUUAUUUGUCCGGUACUCGCCGUGAAAGAUCUAAAACUAUAUCCUAACACCAAAGGACGUUACACCAACAGUGAAAAUCAAGAUCCAAGGAAAUAUUGUCCAUGCAGGACGCGUUCAUUCAGCGGGAAUAAGGAACAAAGACAUUCGUGCCAACAACUGAAGAUCUCUUGGUGUUGCCGCCAGACUUACAAGUAUCAAUUUGCUCAAUCUCCAGGACAAAGAAAAGGACAGAACACGCAUGGAAAAGGUCUAAUUGUGCACGAAUAUCUGCAAAACACUUUGAAGCCGGAGUUACUUUUCAAAUCACCUAACGUUACUGUAUAAGGCACGCGCCUCCUUUCAAACGGACUCAUAUUUAUUCUGCAUUCAUUGGAGACGACAUUUUCUUUCUUAUGUCGAGACUUAACUACAGCUGACAGUUUCCCAGUGCUCAUUUCAUAAUAUUGAGUGUUUUCCCCCGGUGGAAAUGUUCUCUGACAAGUAGACACAACUAAGUGCGCCUGUAGUUUUCAUUGUUCUGUUUUGGAGAGGAGCGGGUCCUUUGUCUGAGCAGCGAGAUGAGUAUGAACCUGUCAACUCCUACACCUCCACUGCGACUGAAGCGAGUAGACUUUGAGGACUCUCACAACACCGAUACAUUCAAAUGCAAGCGCCGCAGACUUAGCCAGCCUCCAUCCCCUGGUCUCGCGCCCUGUCUUCACCCCCUGUCCCAGAGCCUUGAGCAGCCGGGGUCAGAGAAGCACCAUGUCUCGCGUAUUGGGCCCUACAUCCUGCUGGAGGCCACAGAAGGAGCUCAGACGUUCAGAGCGGUUCAUCAGGUCACGGAACAGGAGUACACAUGCAAGGUGUUUUCCAUUAAGAAGUAUCACGAGUUCAUUGCACCCUACACGCGUCUGCUUCCACACAGCAACAUCUGCAAGAUCUCAGAGGUGGUGCUCGGGGAGGCCAACGUGUACAUAUUCUUCGAGCGUAACUAUGGAGAUAUGCACUCAUACGUGCGCACCUGCAAGAGGCUGCAGGAGGAUGAGGCAGUGCGCCUGUUUGGCCAGAUGGCAGCUGCGGUCGCACACUGUCAUGAGAACGGUGUCAUUUUAAGAGACCUUAAACUGCGCAAGUUCGUGUUCACAGAUCCACAGAGAACAAAGCUAGUCUUGCAAAACCUGGAGGACUCCUGUCUUCUUAACGGGAAUGACGAUUCGCUGACGGACAAACAUGGCUGCCCAGCCUACGUUGGCCCGGAGAUCUUAAACUCACGGCACUCGUACUCAGGGAAGGCUGCCGACGUAUGGAGCCUUGGCGUUGUUCUCUACACCAUGCUAGUAGGACGUUAUCCAUUUCAGGACGUGGAACCCACAGCACUGUUCAGCAAAAUUCGCAGGGGUGCGUUCACCAUCCCAGAGACUCUUUCACCCAGGGCUAAGUCACUGGUGUGUUGCAUGCUGAGGAAGUCUCCCUCGGAGAGGCUCGAGGCUGGAGAUAUACUCAUCCACCCGUGGUUCCACUGUAACAACAACGUAUCCCUCAACCAGCACUCCAGCACCAGACACUCGACAGAUCAGGUGGUGCCUGAUUUUGAACCAAAUGAGAAUGAAGAUUGUUAAUGAGCUGCUUCAUUCUGUUUACCCACAAUCAAGGGGAUUGGACUCUAUGGAGAAAGAGAUAUUGCCUCGUAAGGUAUGCAGAGUUCAAGGGCAUCAAAUGGAAGAGAUUCCAUUAACUAUAACAGUACUGUUUUUUACCUUGCGAGGAACUGCUGAGGUUUUCAGGAUGGUCCAGAGACUGACCUUGUAGUCUUUACAGACAGAACUGUGUUUCUUACCUCUGAAAAUAUCCAUUUGUGGUGAUCCCUCCAAGAAAACGACACCGGAGGACAAAGACGUUAGUUCACGGCACAGCUUCGUUCCUGAAAGAGAGUCAUGAGGCUUGUGCACAUGAUUUUAACAUCAGUAUUGUCUAAUCAGUGCAUGGAUUUCCCAUUGUACACCCAUGUUGUGUAAAUUAAAGUACCUCUAACUUAAUUCCUGGUAUACUUGAUGCACACUUUGUGCCUUUUAUGUACUGUUUACAUAUUUUUGCAGUGGAAAAAUACAGAUUUGACUAUUUAAAGUGCCUUUUUUCUCUCCAGUAAAACAGCCAAUGUUGUUGUUGUUGUUGGACUUGUUGAAGUACCAAAGAUUUGAGUUUUUUUCCUCCCCCAGUCUGAGCGUGUGUAUCUGCAACGGGUCAGCACGAGUGCUCAUGUUUCCUUUUCAUGUGAAGAAUUCAAAAGGGUUCUGUGUUUUCUGCGAGCCUCUUUUGUAAAUGUCUUUCCAUCUGUUAAACUAUGUAUUUGUGCUGUAGAGCAGGUUUAACCUUGAAGGGAUGUGGGGCAAAUCAUGCACCACAGGAAGCAUCCAUAUAAUGGUUUAGAGGUGUGCCUGUCGAGCGAAACAAAGGCUUUACAUACGUUAUCGUUUGUGAUGCCUGCAUGCAAUGCUUUCACCCUUUUUUUGUUAAAGUACCUGUCAUUUUGUAGAUAUUUUAUGUUACUAGCGAGAAGUGGACACUACAUUUGUUGUUGUUUCAAGAGUUGACAUACCUACAAACAAGUAUUUUGUUGUUGCCAGUACAAAUAAAAUGAAAAUAAAAAUAAAAAUCAAGACUGCA